CGGGCGUCCCACGAGGUGAAGAUGCUGCUGGCGGAACCUGCCGGAGCGAGCGGGAUUCGGGGGCGCUAAAGUCGCAGGGGCUGGGCGGGAAGGAAGAUCCGGCGUGGGGCUCAGGAUCCGGAGCUGGAGCCCCCAGGUGCCAGGUACCGCUGGGAAAACAGCAGACAAAACUCCCUGCUUUCCUGGAGCAGGCAUCUUGGUCGGCAGACAGCAUAAGCAAGAAGAGUAGGUGGAGGUGAAGGCAUGUGAACAGAAUUGUCCCACUGUAAAAACUUGAGCAGGUCUGGACAAGUGAGGCUGGCUCCAUGUAUCCAGAAUCGACAACAGGCUCCCCGGCUCGGCUCUCCCUGCGGCAGACAGGCUCUCCCGGGAUGAUCUACAGUACUCGGUAUGGAAGUCCCAAAAGACAGCUCCAGUUUUACAGGAACCUGGGCAAGUCUGGCCUACGGGUCUCCUGCCUGGGACUUGGAACAUGGGUGACCUUCGGAGGCCAGAUCACCGAUGAGAUGGCAGAACAGCUCAUGACCUUGGCCUACGAUAAUGGCAUCAACCUCUUCGAUACGGCAGAAGUCUACGCAGCCGGCAAGGCUGAAGUGGUGCUGGGAAACAUCAUUAAGAAGAAAGGAUGGAGGCGAUCCAGCCUCGUCAUCACCACCAAGAUCUUCUGGGGCGGAAAGGCGGAGACGGAGCGGGGCCUGUCCAGGAAGCACAUAAUCGAAGGUCUGAAAGCUUCUCUGGAGCGGCUGCAGCUGGAGUAUGUGGAUGUGGUAUUUGCCAACCGCCCAGACCCCAACACCCCAAUGGAAGGGGACCCAUUUAGUUCCUCCAAGUCAAGGACAUUCAUCAUAGAAGAGACCGUCCGAGCCAUGACCCACGUCAUCAACCAGGGGAUGGCCAUGUACUGGGGCACGUCACGCUGGAGCUCCAUGGAGAUCAUGGAGGCCUACUCGGUGGCCCGGCAGUUCAACCUGACCCCGCCCAUCUGCGAGCAGGCUGAGUACCAUAUGUUCCAGCGCGAGAAGGUGGAGGUUCAGCUGCCAGAGCUGUUCCACAAGAUAGGAGUGGGCGCCAUGACCUGGUCGCCUCUGGCCUGCGGCAUCGUUUCUGGCAAGUACGACAGUGGCAUCCCGCCCUACUCAAGAGCCUCCCUGAAGGGCUAUCAGUGGCUGAAGGACAAGAUCCUGAGUGAGGAGGGCCGGCGCCAGCAGGCCAAGCUGAAGGAGCUGCAGGCACUUGCCGAGCGCCUGGGCUGCACCCUGCCCCAGCUGGCCAUAGCCUGGUGCCUGAGGAACGAGGGAGUUAGCUCCGUGCUCCUGGGGGCCUCCAAUGCCGACCAGCUCAUGGAGAACAUUGGGGCAAUACAGGUCCUUCCAAAGCUGUCGUCUUCCAUUAUCCACGAGAUUGAUAGUAUUUUGGGCAAUAAACCCUACAGCAAAAAAGACUACAGAUCCUAAGCCACCCCCACCUGCUCGGACAGUUCCCGUUCCCUCCAGUCUCUGUUCGCUCGCUUAAGCUGUUUCGAAGCCAAGUAAAGAGUGUGGUUUGCAUCAAAGAGAAACACCACACUGUGAUGUCACUGGGAAACAAUCUCCCAAGUUGCUGCCAGACACCGCCCACUGCUUCGCCGGACAAUGUCGAAGUCCCACCUGUGCCGGGGACAGCAUUGGUUAGAAAGGACGUUCCAGCCGUCCCACCCAAGCCUGUCGCGUCCUCUCAUCUUCCAAGAAGAGACCACCCAGCUUUCUCCCAGCCACAGCCACGAGUCCCAAAGUCAAGGCCAGGAGGAACCGGGUCCUUGGGGCAGGCAGGGCCGGCCUGUCCUCUGCUGAGAAUCCCUACCUGGUGUGGGGGGAGAGGGGUCUGGCCCAUGGAGGGGCCCCUCUGCCGGAGCCUUGGUUGCUGGGUCAGGGCCUCCCCACUGGGGGUCUUCCUCUGCCUCCCACUUGCCAAGGGCUCCAGGUACAGUCUAGGGGGCCUGACCCCAGAUUCCUCCCCCAUUCUUCUCUGCUCCAACCUGCCCCACUGGGUCCCAACAGGGGCCAUGCCUACCAAGCUCUAGCUGGCCCUUGACCCCCACCCACCCCCACCAUUGCUGUCAGGGGCAGGGACCCAGGGGGAUUGGCUCUGCAGUCUGGGAGCCACAAAAAGUGUAGAGGUCUGAUUUACAGCUCAGCAUCCCACUGUCUUCCAUCCACACACCAAUGAUGAGCCUCACACCAGCGAGGCCUGGAGCACUUGGGAGGGGUCACAGUGGGGCAGGCCCCUCUGUCCGGCCACCCCUCUGUCCUGGCCCUGGAAGGCCCUGUGGUCAUAUACUCUAAGCUGGAUGGUGGCUGCUGGCCACAUCACGACACGUGGCAGCAGGAGGGCCCUGUGCACAAGGACGCAUUCCUCUUGGCCCCUGUAGACCUCCUUUAAAGCUGCCCUCUGCCCCAGGCCACUGUUGUGCGCCAAGGUUGUGGGCUUGGGUUUUGCAGAGAGCAUGCUUGGACCCUUUCAGUAAGGAAGGGCCCUUGGGGUUUUCUGUGCUGUGUGCCCAGGACUGGGGGGUCUGCAGCCCCAAUAAUGUAGGCAAAGACCUCGGGGAACCUCUCCCUGGAAAGAUGGCCAGGAUGGGUUAGCACCUCCCACUGCCCAGUGCCUGGAACAGACUAGGGAGAGGGGAGGGAGGGCAGGGCAAGCCAGAGUGAUGCCCCUGUGCAGUUUGGGCCAGAGGGCUAGGGAUGCCAGGAUGUCUGCAGGUGCUGAGGUGCCAUCCAGAGUCCCAGGCCUGUGUCCCAAACAGUACCCAGGCUUUGCUGACUGUGCAGGGCAGGGCUCUACCGAAGCCACCCCCACCCCUCGCCAGCAGGCCCCACAGGGAAGCCUGUGCCUCCUGCCCCCAGGGCGAACCUCAUCUCGGGCACCUCUGUUCCCACUUGUCUUGGAGGAGCCUCUGUUCCAGAAGGCUCCACCCUGCCAUCCUGCAGGGACCUGCUAUCCCAUCCUGGCCAGGCCGAGGUCUGGGAAGCUACGUGUGAAAGCCACAAAACCAGCGGGGAGAGGCUGGGUCAAGGGGAGGAGAGGGACACAGCGUCUGCCAUUCCCAACCCACCUUCAUGCUGCCCCUGGGGAGGAGAGGGACACAGCUUCUGCCAUUCCCAACCCACCUUCAUGCUGCCCCUGGCGUCUAAACCCUGGCUCCUCCUCGUAGACCAACUCCUGGGGUCUCCACCAGUCCUGCUGCCGGCUUCACCAGAAGCAGCCCUGUAGGUGUGGGGCGGGGAAGUCCUCUCCCAACAGAGGUCCCAGCCUUUGGCCUGGGUCCAGGUAGGAGUCGCCUGCUUCCUUCCACGACUGGGUCCUGCAGUGGCCAGUGGUGCUGGAGGGCAGGUGGCCCGCCCUUGCCUGCAGGGAGGGUGGCUGGCCCCAUCCCCACUGCCACCCCAGCCCCACCCACUGUUUGAAGAGGGAGGAGUGCAUGAGGUGGUGCCCGCGGUGGUCACUGCUGCUUAAUACGAGCCACACCUGCGGCAGCUGAGCCCCGGAAGGCUUCGAGUUUGCCAAAUAGAGGGAGGCUGGGCCCCUGGUGAGCUUGGCCAAGGCCCAAGGCCCUGGUACCAGGAUGCAGGCAGCCUCAGGCACAGCUCUUCCCACAACCUGGCUCCUGGGUGUCUGGUUUACUCCACACCAAACCACAGCGAGGGUGUGAGGUGCUCUGCCUCUUGGGGCCAGGUUCGCCCACUCCAGAGGGGGGUGCUGGGUGGAACCAUCUGAGAAAGUACAGAAGGCCAAAGCUAAGGUCUAGAAAGGGUGGCGCUGGCCGCUGCAGAGCCCCCAAUUUCCCUCCCAUUCAGCCUUGUGGCCAGACCCCAGGUCCCAAGGAGUGACGGCGGCUUCCGCCCAUCUUCUGUCCUUGUCCAAUCAUGUAAAUAAUGUGCUUUUUCCCUCUUUUUUUUAACCGACUGUGGUUCCUCAGCUAAUUGCAUUCCCUACCUAGGCAGAGACUGUCCUAUGCCUUGAGCUUCCAAACAAGACUCAGACCACGACACAGCCACCGUAUUUAUGGAAUGGCAAAAUAAAGCCCAAACCCAUCGGACUCUG